UAUCGCACGUGCUCGUUUGUUGUUGUUUUGAAAUUUCGCCGACGAAAUCGUGCGCGCACGGUGAUCAGUGUGGAAAUUAGCGGUAAUUUCGAGGUUUUUCCACUGAAUUUGUGUUAACAAAUUGUAGCAUUUGCGAGAAUGUUUGACGAUCCCCAAAGCUCGGACGAGGAAUCUCCCGUUCCCGACGCGGACUCGUGCGACCCGCAGCAGCUGCAAUCCCACUUUAAAUCCUCCGUCCGGUCUCGCUCGGAGGUGGCCAUCUCGCUGAAGCGAACCUGCGGCCUGCAUCUGUCCCUUUCCAGCGACUCGCGCAAACUGGCCGUUGGUUCGUCCCGCAAGGAGCUUCAGCUGUACCAACUGGCCGAAAAUGGGGACCUGCUGGUGGAGAGCACCGAUUUUGACAAGUUCAAGAGUCCCAUUCGGGGGGUUCGGUUCUUCAACGGCGAUCCGAACUUGUUGAUGGCCUGCACCGAGGAAGGGGUGGUUAGUUUGUACGAUUUAAGGUUGGGUAAGAGCGUGUUUGGGUUUGAGGAUGGUUCCGAGGGGCCAAGGAAAACGAUGACCACGUUCGACGUGAAUCAGAACGAUCGCGUGUUGUGCGCGUCUACGGAGGUGCAAAAGGGCGGAGAUAGUUUUCUGCUGUUUUUCGACAUCCGGGAGAGGAAGUUUCUUGGGUCGUACUGGGAGUGCCACAGCGAGGACAUUACAAACGUGCGGUUUCAUCCGAGCAAUCCGGACCUGCUGGUCAGCGGAAGCGUGGACGGGUUGAUCAACGUGUUUGACAUUUCUCAGCCGACGGAGGAUGACGCGAUGCAGUACUGCUUCAACGUGGACACGGCCAUUGAGUCGUUGAACUGGCAUCGGAAUCCGGGAACGGGGAAAGACUGGGUGUCCUGCGUGACGACGACCAACGGGUUUCAGCUGUACGACGUGGAGAGUCAGGAUCCUGAGGUGGAGUUUGAUCGCGAGAAGAUUACGGAGUUUAUCUGUAGAAAGUCGUCGAUCGAUUGCAACGUCGUUGGGGCGUACAACGAAGGUGAUGGAGCGUUGACAUUGCUAGCAGGGUCGAACUACAAUAAAGGUGAAUGUCUCCGUUCGCUUCGGUACUCCGACAAAAGCUUCCAGCCGUUCCAAAACUUCCUACACAACAAGCAAAUCGUUCGGGCCAGCGUGUACAGCGAAAAGGAAAACGCACUGAUAACAACCGGCGAAAGUGGACUGAUCACGGUGUGGAGUUGCGGCCAAGACACGGAACAGGAAACGACGGAGGGUAGCAUCGCGAAUAAGCUCAAGCAAAAGGCCACCAUCGGUAAGCGCGCCAAGCCGUAUUAAAGUUCGUUCUGUUGUACGGUUGCGAAUAAGUUUUGGGUCUAUUAUGUAAAAAUAUAAGCAAAAUGUGAA